AGUGGUGGUGUGUGGCGGUGGUGCGGGGGGUGUGGUGUGUGUGGGGGGGAUCGGGAUCGGGAUGGACCUCACGGCUCUGGGGCUGUGCGCGGCUCUGCCUCUGGUCGCCUUCCUGGUUUACCGACGGCUUUUCCGGGUCCGGUCGCCAAACCCUUUCGCCACCGACGGCGGCGGCAGCCCCCCGGGCCCCCUGGUGACUGACCGGGCAGCCAGGAACACCGUCAUCCACAAAGGUUUCACCCUAAAUAAGGUGCCGGAAAACCUGGAUGCUAUCGUGAUUGGGAGUGGGAUCGGAGGGCUUGGGGCUGCAGCAAUAUUGGCCAAAGCUGGCAAGCGUGUGCUGGUUCUGGAGCAACAUGACCAGGCCGGUGGCUGCUGUCACACCUUCAUUGAAAAGGGAUUUGAGUUCGAUAUUGGAAUCCAUUACAUAGGAGAACUGUAUGAGCGCUCUUUCUUUCGGACAUUGAUUAACCAAAUCACAAAUGGCCAACUGCAAUGGGCCAAAAUAGAUGAGCCUUUCGACACGGUUGUCCUGGGAGAUCUCGAGUCCAGACGCUCCUACGCUCUCUACGGUGGGGAACAACAGUACAGAGACUCCCUGAAGAAGCAUUUUCCCAAGGAGGAGGAAGCUAUUGACAAAUUCCUGGAACUUGUGAAGGCGGCUUACAAACGAAUACCUGUGAUGGCAAUGAUCAAAAUGAUUCCUCUCUGGCUGGCCCUCUUUCUCAUCCGGACUGGCAUCAUCAACUGGAUCACAUCGAUGUUCAAACUGGCCGUCACACCUCUUAACGAGGUGGUCAAUAAGUUGACCAGCAAUCAAGACCUCAGAGCGGUCAUGUGCUACAUCUGUGGGAAUUAUGGUGGGACUCCUAAGGAUGCCAGCUUUCUAAUGCAUGCGUUGUUGAUCCAGCACUUCAAGGCUGGUGGAUGGUACCCUAUAGGUGGGGCCAGUGAGAUCGCAUUUCAUAUCAUCCCGGUGAUUGAGAAAGCUGGAGGUUGUGUUCUCAUGCGGGCUCCUGUUGAACGUAUUCUGGUAAAUCAGGAUGGCAAGGCUUGUGGUGUAUCUGUGAAGAAGGGUGAGACAGGAGUAAAUCUCUUUGCUCCUGUUGUGAUUUCUGAUGCCGGGAUAUUUAACACCUAUCAACGCCUCUUACCCUUGGCAAUACAGAAGAAACCAGCUAUCCAGGCUCAGCUGAAAAUGAUAGAACAUGGAGUCGGAGGAUUCAGUGUGUUUGUGGCUCUUAACGGUUCGAAAGAAGAGUUGGGAUUGAAAGGACUAAAUUAUUGGUUUUACCAACAUAAUAACCUGGAGGAGCUGUCAGAACGAUACUUAUCACCCAACAAAGAAAAUGCCAUUGAUGGAUAUCCCCUGAUGUUUGUUUCCUUCCCAUCAGCUAAGGAUCCAUCUUGGGAUGAAAGAUUUCCAGGGAAGUCUUGUUUGACUAUUGUGACAUAUGCCCGCUACGACAGCUUUGAAGAAUGGACGGAUGAACGAGUGAAGAAAAGGGGGCACGAUUAUGAGAAUUUGAAGAUGGACAUUGCAAAAACAUUAAUAGAUAAUGUGAUGGAGUAUUUUCCACAGCUCAAAGACAGGGUUGAGUACUUUAAAGCUGGCUCUCCGCUUUCACAUCAGUUCUACAUUGCUGCUUCUCAUGGGGAGAUGUAUGGCAUCCACCACGGGAUUUCACGCUUUGCACCUGAAACAAUCGCCUCCCUCAGAGCGCAAACACCAGUCGAGAAUCUGUAUCUGACAGGUCAGGAUAUAUUUUGCUGUGGGUUUGUAGGAGCAAUGCAAGGCGCAGUUCUCUGUGCCUCAAGAAUCCUUGGUCGAAAUCUGUAUGUGGACGUCAUGAAACUUAAAAAGCAAAUUAAAAAAUCCCAAAGUAAGAAGAAAGCCUAGCAUUGGACUUCAAAUUCAAUCUGAAAAGAUGUGAUUAUAAGUACUGCUUGGAUUUAGGUAUUGUGCUCAUAAUGUCUCCACAUCUUGAAGGCUUCGUAUCAAUUUUCAUACCAUAGUCUGAGCAGAUAUGAUCUAUGCUGUUCAAGGGUUUUAAAUGAAAUUUAGUUUGAUCAGUGUCACUUAAAUCCUAUUAGACAUGAGCCAAAGAACAAAACUGCAUUUUUUAAAAUUUAAUUAUUUUUAAUUUUAAUGUAAUUAUCGACGAAAUAUCAAUGCAAUUAUUGCUUAAUAUGGUGAUUUAUAGAAAUCACAACAUCGAUAAACCAUGCACUAUAAUCUCCUACACUAUGGUGCCUAAACAAAUGAAAGAAUUAAUUUUAUAUACAGAAAAUCAAUGUGAUAUUCAAAAUAUCUUUUAUCUCCGAGACAAAGUUGAAGGUACUAAAUGCUAUAUCUCGCAUACGAGCACCGAAUUUUUUUAAUUGUGACUGAUAUCAUGCUUUGUAGACGUGGUCAAGCGACUCACUUGUUUUAGCUUCAAGCGGUCUUGGGGAAUGUUGUGGUGUGGUCAAUCACUCUCCUGAUCAAAAUAAAGAAGAUUAUUUGAAGGAGAAAAA